AUGGCUCCAGUCACAGAUGGUUCCAAACUGAGGAGAAAUCGUGACUUCGACUUGAGACGUCCCCUCUCCAUGAAAAGACCAUCCAAUCACAACGGCGUCGGGGGGCAGCCGGACUCCGCGGAGCUCGCUUUCUCCUUGCUCUCCUGUCCGUUGGUCACAGGAGCUACUGAUGGGAUUGGAAAAGCCUAUGCAGAAGAGUUAGCAAGACGUGGAAUGAAGGUGGUUCUCAUCAGCAGGUCAAAAGAAAAACUGGACCAGGUUGCUAGUGAAAUAAAGGAGAAGUACAAAGUGGAAACAAAAGUCAUUGUGGCAGACUUUGGAGAGAGAGAAGAUAUCUACAGUAGAAUCAAAGCGGGGUUGGAAGGCCUGGAGAUCGGUGUUUUAGUCAACAAUGUGGGAAUUUCAUAUGGUUAUCCUGAAUACUUUCUUGAUGUUCCAGACCUGGAUGAAACAAUCGACAAAAUGAUCAACAUUAACAUCAUGUCUGUUUGUAAGAUGACACGAUUGGUGCUGCCCAGCAUGCUGGAAAGAUCAAAAGGGGUAAUCCUGAAUAUCUCCUCAGCUGCUGGGAUGUAUCCAACUCCACUGCUGACUCUUUACUCCGCAACCAAGGCUUUUAUGGAUUACUUCUCCCGAGGCCUCCAUGCAGAAUACAAGAGCAAAGGCAUCAUUGUGCAGAGUGUUCUACCGUAUUUUGUGGCAACGAAAAUGUCCCAAAUCCGCAAGCCAACCUUCAGUAAGCCCAGUCCUGAAACUUAUGUCAGAGCUGCCAUAGGCACAGUAGGCCUGCAGUCCCAGACCAACGGGUGCCUACCCCAUGCAGUCAUGGGAUGGAUCUGCUCUCUUCUACCUACACCUACUCUCAUUAAUUUCCUCAUGAAAACAAACAAACAAACACGGGCUCGUUAUUUGAAAAAAAUGAAGGAGAAGUAAGUUGGAGGCCACUUGAUCUCGGAAGCCUGGGACUCCUGCAGGUUCCAUACCCACGCGGCAGCACCAAGUAGACGUAAUGUUCUAAAAAUCUUCAAUUGUAGAUGUACUUUCUAACAAGCAAAACAGUCUUGUUUUGAGGAUACAGAUGAAACAAGACUGUUAACACCUAAUAUUGAUUUAAAAAUAAGCUUUAUAUGUUUAUAGAUAUUAUGAGGGGGGGAAGUGCUUUGGACUAAAAUUGCACUGUGCUUUAAGAAAUACUUACAUGGACUUGAUCAGACAUUGCGCUGUUGAGGAACAGCUUGGUUAUAUAGUGUCCAUCACAUCUAUGUAUUGUGUGCGUGGGUGAAGGGCAGAAAAAUAGUAGUUCUCGCAUAUUCCUGGACAGGUGGGGAGGAGUGGGAAGGGAGCAUAUUUGUUUAGAAAGG